CCCAGCUCCACCCCGCCCAGCUGGGUUCUUCUUACAGAAAUCCAUCUUCCUGCCCCCACCUAGGUGUCUCCGGCCAUGAAUGCCCACCCUAAGGAGAUGGUGCCUCUCAUGGGCAAGAGAGUUGCUGUCCCCAGUGGGAACCCUGCCGUCCUGCCAGAGAAGAGGCCGGCAGAGAUCACCCCCACAAAGAAGAGUGCACACUUCUUCCUGGAGAUCGAAGGGUUUGAGCCCAACCCCACGGUUGCCAAGACCUCUCCUCCUGUCUUCUCCAAGCCCAUGGAUUCCAACAUCCGGCAGUGCAUCUCUGGUAACUGUGAUGACAUGGACUCCCCCCAGUCUCCUCAGGAUGAUGUGACAGAGACCCCAUCCAAUCCCAACAGCCCCAGUGCACACCUGGCCAAGGAAGAGCAGAGGAAGAAAAAGAGGCGGCUGAAGAAGCGCAUCUUUGCAGCCGUGUCUGAGGGCUGCGUGGAGGAGCUGGUGGAGCUGCUGGUGGAGCUGCAGGAGCUUUGCAGGCGGCGCCAGGACGAGGAUGUGCCUGACUUCCUCAUGCACAAGCUGACGGCCUCCGACACGGGGAAGACCUGCCUGAUGAAGGCCUUGUUAAACAUCAACCCCAACACCAAGGAGGUCGUGCGGAUCCUGCUUGCCUUUGCCGAAGAGAAUGACAUCCUGGGCAGGUUCAUCAACGCUGAGUACACAGAGGAGGCCUAUGAAGGGCAGACGGCGCUGAACAUCGCCAUCGAGCGGCGGCAGGGGGACAUCGCGGCCGUGCUCAUCGCCUCCGGCGCCGACGUCAACGCCCACGCCAAGGGGGCCUUCUUCAACCCCAAGUACCAACACGAAGGCUUCUACUUCGGUGAGACGCCCCUGGCCCUGGCAGCAUGCACCAACCAGCCCGAGAUUGUGCAGCUGCUGAUGGAGCACGAGCAGACGGACAUCACCUCGCAGGACUCACGAGGCAACAACAUCCUUCACGCCCUGGUGACUGUGGCCGAGGACUUCAAGACGCAGAACGACUUCGUGAAGCGCAUGUACGACAUGAUCCUCCUGCGGAGUGGCAACUGGGAGCUGGAGACCACUCGCAACAACGAUGGCCUCACACCGCUGCAGCUGGCAGCCAAGAUGGGCAAGGCCGAGAUCCUGAAGUACAUCCUCAGUCGUGAGAUCAAGGAGAAGCGGCUCCGGAGCCUGUCCAGGAAGUUCACCGACUGGGCGUACGGACCCGUGUCGUCCUCCCUCUACGACCUCACCAACGUGGACACCACCACGGACAACUCAGUGCUGGAAAUCACUGUCUACAACACCAACAUUGACAACCGGCAUGAGAUGCUGACCCUGGAGCCGCUGCACACGCUGCUGCAUAUGAAGUGGAAGAAGUUUGCCAAGUACAUGUUCUUUCUGUCCUUCUGCUUUUAUUUCUUCUACAACAUCACCCUGACCCUCGUCUCGUACUACCGCCCCCGGGAGGAGGAGGCCAUCCCGCACCCCUUGGCCCUGACGCACAAGAUGGGGUGGCUGCAGCUCCUAGGGAGGAUGUUUGUGCUCAUCUGGGCCAUGUGCAUCUCUGUGAAAGAGGGCAUUGCCAUCUUCCUGCUGAGGCCCUCGGAUCUGCAGUCCAUCCUCUCGGAUGCCUGGUUCCACUUUGUCUUAGUACCUCGCCUGCCUCGUGCUGGCCAUGGCCCUGGGCUGGGCGAACAUGCUCUACUAUACGCGGGGCUUCCAGUCCAUGGGCAUGUACAGCGUCAUGAUCCAGAAGGUUCGUUGGGAGCUGCGCCGGCGGGAGGGCCCUCGGAGGAUGGCUUUUUUUCAGAUGGGGAAACUGAGAUCUGGAGCGGAAGAGGGGUUUACCAGGGGGCAGGCCACUGCUCUUCCUGCCGAAUGCCACGCGCUGCCUUUGCUUUCGGUCAGGCUUUAAGUGUCGAGACCUUAAGUCCCCCAGGCUUGUGGGGUGCUGGGGAGGGGUACACUUUGUGGAGGACUGUUGUCACCCCUGGGCAGUGGCGUGCCGGUAAACAUUUAACAACUGUUCUCUGUGUGUAUGUGUGUGUGUGUAGGUGGAAUAUGUAUAUUCCAUACGUAUACACAUACACUUAUCAUACAUUUUACUAUAUAAACGAUGUGUAUCACACAAUUUGCAAAUAAUGAAAAUAUACAAUACAAUUUAUUGUAAAUUGCACAUAGCCAGUUGAGUCUCAGAAUAAUUUGUUGCUUUU